AGAUAGGAGAUAAAGCAGGUGCCGGUGUCCUAGAUUAAAAGGAGGCCGUAUCGUAUCGGCAGAGGGCUCCAGGGAGAAGACAGGCCAGAAGCUUUGAGAGGCCACUGUUGUGCAGGUCCAUGGCUGUGUAGGCAGCAGCCAUAGCUAUCUUGUUCUUCAACUUGCCUAUCUACUAGCUAAGACUAGCUCUAGGUCUAGCUAGGUAGGUGCAUCUGAGGUCGGAGACAGGUAUGGGGAGGCCACCUUGCUGCGACAACGGCGUCGGCGUCAAGAAAGGGCCAUGGACGCCGGAGGAGGACAUCGUCCUUGUCUCCUACAUCCAGCAGCAUGGUCCCGGAAACUGGCGGUCCGUGCCCGAGAACACGGGGUUGAUGAGGUGCAGCAAGAGCUGCAGGCUGCGGUGGACGAACUACCUCCGGCCCGGGAUCAAGCGCGGGAACUUCACCCCUCAUGAGGAAGGGAUCAUCAUCCACCUUCAGGCAUUGCUUGGCAACAAGUGGGCAGCCAUAGCCUCCUACCUGCCUCUAAGAACAGACAAUGACAUCAAGAACUACUGGAACACACACCUCAAGAAGAAGGUGAAGAGGUUGCAAACACAGCCAGCUAACUCCUUCCAAACCACUCCCUCCAAUGCAGUAACCAGCCCAAACUUCUACAGCCCUAGCAGCACCCAGCACAACCUUCAAAGCAUGCAAGCCAUGAACUACCCAAACACCACCACAUGUAGCAGUGCACCAAGCAGUGAGUCUGCCACCGUCUCCAAUCUCUUUCAGACAUGGAUGGGGUCAUCACCAGCAACAACAGCGAAUCGUAAGAUCACCAUGCAAGAGUUCCAGGACCAAGAUGCUGCAGCAGCUUCCAUCGUUUGCAAGGAUCAAAUUGUGGCCGGUGACAAUAAGUCUUCGUCGUCGCUGCAGAUGGUGAUGGAGCCGCCGGUGAUGACGGGUUCGAGCACCGCAACCUUCUCGCUGCUUGAGGACUGGCUGCUUGACGACAUGCCGGGGCAGGCCAUGGAUGGGCUCAUGGGGAUCUCUGCUGGCUGCUGUGCAGAUCCCAUCAUGUUCUAGUUGUAUUGUCUUGGCUAUCUUAGGUUUCUCAAUGAGUGUGCACUUGUACUGUCGGUGUUGAUCGAAUGAUGGAUCCGGUCGAUCCUGUGUUUCCGGUAAUAAGCCGUUUGUUUCCUCGGGAAAAGAAUCCUGGAGAUGAUCCAGCUAAUUUGGAGAAAUUAUUAGUACUGAAGAAGAUAAUAAUAUGGUUUAACCUACAUUCCUUA